AUGUGCCUGGCGGCGGGCGUGGACUUCAUCGACCUUGACGAGUGCGCGCGCCGCGGCGUGGUCGUCGCCAACUCCGGCAGCGUGUUCUCCGCCGACGUCGCCGACCACGCCGUCGGCCUGCUCAUCGACGUGCUCCGCCGCGUGUCGGCCGCCGAGCGGUUCGUCCGCCGCGGCCUCUGGCCGGUGCAGGGAGGCCACCCGCUCGGCUCCAAGAUCGGUGGCAGGCGUGUCGGCAUCAUCGGCUUGGGGAACAUCGGUUCACAAAUCGCAAAGAGACUCCAAGCUCUCGGCUGCAUCGUCUGCUACAACUCUAGAACGCCCAAGGACUCGGUCCCUUACAGAUACUUCACCAACGUUCACGACCUCGCGGUGGAAUCCGACGUGCUCGUCGUCGCGUGCGCGCUGAACAAGGCGACGCGGCACAUCGUCGGCAAGGACGUCCUGGAGGCGCUAGGAAAGGACGGGGUCGUCGUGAACAUCGGCCGCGGCGCGAACGUCGACCAGGCGGAGCUGGUCAGGGCGCUGAAGGAGGGCAGGAUCGCAGGUGCCGGUCUCGAUGUGUUCGAGAACGAGCCCGGAGCGCCGGGCGAGCUCUUCUGCAUGGACAAUGUCGUGAUGACGCCUCAUGUGGCGGUUUUCACGGCGGAGUCCAUGUCCGACCUGCGCGACCACGUCGUUGCUAACCUUGAAGCCUUCUUCUCCGGUCAGCCGUUGCUUACGCCGGUGCUUCCCCACUCACCGGUAAAUUAG